GCCGUUCUCCAUGUUCUGAAAUACACUUCAGCUUAAGUACUCGUUGAAUCAGUGGCAUACUUAGCAGACAUACCGUCGUCAUUACAGAGAUACAUGGCCUCAGCAGACCAAACCAGCUGGACACGAAGGUUAUCAGAUAAGAUAUCCCCCGUAGGCGAGUAUUUCACGAAGCAACUCCGUUCUUCCCCAAGGUUGGGGGCUCUGCACCUCCAAGAUGCGGGCUGCACACGGUCGGUCUGAUGAGUCCCCUUAUCGUUAGGCAAAGCCACUUUGAGCUUGUUGGCAAGCGCUCCCACACCUCAUUCUACCAACGCCGUUCCUUGUGCAGCCCACACGGUAACGGCCAGAAUCCGUUCGGGAGACUCAGUAAGUAACAGAUGGGCCGUGGUGUUGCAUGACUACUGUACUUUCAUCCCCCCCUUCCCGUAUCAGAUGAAUAUCAUCUUAACAACACAUGAUCGUGACUGCGUAUCCCUCGACGAUGGUAAGCUAUUUCUGGGGCCUGCGCUGAUUUUUUUUCCUAUCACCAUCUGCUCUUCAAUGUAACUUCGCGACACCAGCAUGCUUGUUGCUCGUGACACUGCCGAAGACUUUGAAAUUGUGUGGAGACCUAGAACUUCUUGGUACUGUCAAUCGAGACAACAUGGCGCAAUCGCUACACAGUCCCUGUACCUCAGUGAGCUGCCGCUCAGCCACUCUCGGCAAUUCUCAUGAAGUCAUCGAUGGCUUGGAUGUUCGAAUUCGACUACCCGAAACUUAACCGUUCUCAUACCGAAGCAUACCCGUCGGCAGCGUCGAUGCUUCCUCGAAGGAGAUAGUUCGAAUGUUGCUUCUAUCGUGUUCCCCACUCUGCGUCAGUUUCAACCCCACAUGCUUUGAAUUGUACCGAACAUGCGGUUCCCGUUUCCCCGCAUCUGCGUCACGACUGCUACUCUUUCUCGACAUGGGCUUUUACUCCCUUCUGUCCCGCACGGUUGCUGAAGAACCUAGUCCUUGUGCUUUCAAAUCGGAACAGCCGGUACGAUAUGGCUCUGGAGCCAAUGCGGACACGGAUAUAAAGCUUUCAUGGGGACUGUUGGGUUCCAUAGCUAGCAGCUCUUUCGGCUCUUCCUGAUGGCCUGGACGUUGAACUCUCUGCUUUUCGUGUCUCGAGAAUUCACGCCCUCAACCGCGGACAAAGCGCUAAAGAACGAACAGCAAUCCGAGUAUGUGAAGCAACUAUGGACGUUCCUUGCUAGCGUUGUUGCUCUCCUUACUCUAAUUCGCUUCGCUCGCCUCGGUUUGUCUUUGGUCUUAAAGCCCAAGUUGUCUUCCGAUUUCCCAUCGUCGACGACGAAGAAGGCAGACUUGGAACGCAUCCAACCUGGCCACAACGGCAAGGUAUCUUGGCGGCGUUUACCCACUGCCUUUAGCUCUGCAUUUUGCAUUGUCGCCUUUCGUUUCAACGUUCAAAUUGGACCCCGAGCUUAUGCUUCGAUUGCGGAGCUUGCCUUUAUUUUCGGAUAUAUCAUCGCUGUUAUUGUCUGGUUACUGAUUGAUACCGAGGAUUUGAACUCCUGGUUUUUCGAAGACAGAGCUGCUCACUUCGCAUCAUGUCAACUACCACUGAUCGUAGCGUUGGCCGGCAAGAACAACGUGAUUUCCUUCCUCACGGGAGUAUCUCACGAAAAAUUGAAUGUUUUACAUCGAGCAGCUGCAAGAACAUGUCUCAUACUACUCUGGAUGCAUGCCAUUUGUCGAGCCGUUGGAGGAUUAUCUGGGAAGUUUGACUUCACACAUGGAUGGAUGCAGUGUGGCGCAACUGGCCUCGCUGCGUUCACGCUGGCGAAGAUUCUAUCCAUACGACCAAUUCGUAACGCCUUCUUCGAGUUUUUUCUUGUAUCUCAUAUCAUCCUUAUAGCUAUCUUCCUGGUGGCAGGUUACGUCCACGCUCGUGACCCUGGGUACGGCGAUUACAUCUGGCCUGCUCUUGUAGUGUGGGCUUUUGAUCGAGUCCUACGUUUGGCGCGACUCCUGUGGAAUAAUCGUGUGGGCCGCUCUUCCGAGCAACAUCAUUCUACUGCCACCGUUGAGCUUUUAUCCGAGGACACAGUUCGUCUUACUCUUCGCCGACAGUUCAACUGGAAGCCAGGUCAGCACGCAUAUGUGAUCCUGCCCACAGUAAGCGAUUUGCCGUUCGAGGCGCAUCCCUUCACAAUUGCCAGCAUUCCCGACGCACUCGAUGGGACAACUGGAUCGAGGGAGAAAGAAGUGGUUUUCAUUAUCCGGGGAAGAAACGGCUUCACUGGUCGUCUGAGGGAUCACGCGUGUGAUAACAACGGACAUUCUACUGUCCCUGCUCUUGUUGAUGGUCCAUACGGUUGCCCACCCGAUCUUACACAAUACACUACGUGCGUCUUGAUUGCAGGCGGGUCAGGUGUCAGUUACACUUUGCCCUUGUUGUUAAAUCUCGUACACAAAGCACGUGCAAGGAAGUCGUUGACUCGACGGGUUAUUUUUGUAUGGGCUGUUCGUAAUCCAGAACAUCUAAAGUGGAUCUCGAAGCUUCUCUCGGAAGCUCUUCAAGCUGCUCGAACUUCGACGCUGGUGAUAGACCCUCGAGUUUACAUCACUGGGCCAAGUUGUCCCAUUCCAGAGAUACCGCCUAUAUCGAACGACAAGGAUUCCUCCGACGGCAGCAUGACGCCUACUUCGGUGAACUCAGAAGAGAAGUCCGAACUUCCAACGUAUUCGACUUUGAAAAUAACGCAUGGUCGCCCAAGUAUCUCUCGCAUCCUUCGCGAUGAGAUUUACACGUCGCCCGGGCCAGUGUCUGUUGAUGUUGCAGGGCCUUCUACUCUCUCCCAUUCCGUGGCUCGUGUCUUAUCAUCCGGUCCCUCUAGUCCGAUGGGCAUACUCAAGGGUGCACCCUCGGUAACUCUUCAUGUGGAGACCUUUGGUAUGGCGCAUUGACACCAUAACAACAUAGUAAUCAGUUAUGACUAUUUGUGUAUCGAUACUGCAGUAUCCCACCAACUUAGAAUAUAUAUCUAUAUCCUCGACCCUCAUCUACGUUGUUUUCCC